AUGGAAUCUUCAAAGAAACUCAAAAUUGCAAGCCUGGGCAGCUCCUUUGCUGCUGGUCCCGACAUUCCCCCACAAAUCGAGCCAUAUGCCGCAUUGCGAUCAGGGCAGAAUUAUCCCCAUCUUUUGGCGCAGCACUUAAACGCUGAUCUCACUGAUCUGUCAGUCUCUGGUGCAACAUUGCUCAACAUAACAGUCGAUCCACAGUCUACUCCAUUCAACACGACCUUCCCACCGCAAAUCUCCAACCUCCCCGAAGAUGCCAAUAUAAUCACCGUGACUGCUGGAGGAAACGACAUCAACUACAUUGGCGGCAUGAUCGCCGAUGCUUGUGAUGCCGAGCUACAAUCUUCCGCGCCACUAUCACCCAGCGAAUUGGCAGAAAGAUUAGGGGGAGUCCUCGAUCAAAUACACAAACGGGCCCCGGGAGCUCGAAUCUUCCUUGUCGAAUAUCUUGCUGUUUUAGGACCUGGCACUCAAUCUGGUCGGGAUAUCCCGCUGACACAGGAGAGAAUUGAGCAUUACCGCGGCGUUGCGUCUGGUCUACAACAUGCAUAUUCUACCGCCGUGGAAGGUCGGACAGAUUGGUGUGAAACAGUCCCAAUUCACCAACUCAGUCAGGAACAUACACUCGGCAGCAAAGAACCCUGGGUUGGAGGCUUUGCAUCGGGGCCACUUCUCCAUCCGAACCUUGAUGGGAUGAAGGCUGUCGCGGAUAUUCUAGCUGAAACCGUCCGCAAGAGCAUAUUGUCCAAAUCAUUGUUGUGA